AUCAGGGAAAGAAUCACUAUACUCAAUCCCGGGAGCAGCCAUGAAGGAUUCAUCGAGGAGGUUGAUGGAACGCACUUAAAGUUGAGUGGAACCGGGACGGUUGAAAGAAAAAUCACUGGGGAAUAUAAGCUACCAGACUCGAUUAAACAAGUGAGAAUUCAAAUGAAAAGACAGCAGGUUGACAGUCGGGUGUUCCAGUAUGAGUUUGGAUCAGGAUUGCAUAUCUCGGUGGUGCCCAAUACGCGGGACGAAGAGGUUUUCCACCAAGAAAUGAAUGAUUUUUUAGACCUGAUUGGGCUCCCAGGAUCAGAUGAAUGGAUAAUGUCGUACAAUUCGUUAUACUACCACACGCCCGAGGUGCGCGAUUGGACGCUUGAAGAGUAUGGUAUUGGCCGCGAAAGCGCCAUUGACAUCAACUGGAGUAAUGGGCAAGUUGUUAUUAAAACGCUUAACGAUCAGGCGGCAAAAGAGUACCAGCAAGAGACUGGGGUUAAAAAGGAGAUUGGGGUUUUUUUAAUCGAUGACGAGAUCAGCACCAAAGACGACUUAGUAUUGAGUGGGGUCAGAAUCGAAUUAAUGGGACAGGAAGAUUAUAUUCAUCGGACAUUAUUUCAUAUCAAACCACGAAUUCGCAAGAUUGGUGAAAGUAACGUUGCCCUCGUUAGCAACGGGAUGCAUCCCAAGCUCCAAACCAAUUAUGAGCACAAGCAGGACCUUGACCAGGACGUUGAUUUGGACAGUUGCCAAAAAUAUCAGUACAUGACAAUCCCCAAAGAGUUUUUCCUUGACAAAUACCAAAUCGGGAAUAGCCAACUAGUGGUUAGUUUUGGAAACCUGGAUCUCGAAAAACCAAGCUAUCUUAUCAAAGAAUGGGGCACGGAACUCUUAUUGCAAGUCCCAAACCAAUUGGCAAAUGAACUUGAAAUUCAUUCAAGGUAUCAAACCCCGAACAGUCUUGGUAAAACCACAAUUUCUUUCAACAAACCCAUCAAUUUCAUUGCAUGCGAUUUGGCCAAAGACGAAGAAUACCUCUUACAAAACAACCCCUUUGAUAAUAAACUAAGCAUCGGAGCCAAUUUCGAUAAGCUCUUCACCAAUAAAACCGUCUUCUACCUAUUUGAUCAGCCCCACGAUCAACUACAAGUGGACAUCCCCAACGCCAGACCCACCAACGUUGAUCUUAUCACCUUGUCAGUCUUGUUUGUGGGAGUGCUCAUUAUCCUCAAAAAGCUUUUGCUGAAA